CGCAACAUUGUCUUUAUGAACAGGGACCUUAUGUAUUUCUUCGAGCUCGGUCAGGCGAUCUCAUCGGGCGACUUUGGACGGAUCGAAUUAUUUCUAGGUACAUUCACUGAGUGUUUCGCUGGCGGUGGGCGCAGCAACUAUGUUUCAGAGUGUCUGCACCUCAUACAGCACCUCAAGAAGAUCUGGACGCCCGAAUUCGCGUAUGUUUCUUUUAUUUCUUUC